GCGGCCCCGGAGAGCGCCCCCCGCCCCGUGCUUCCCCGCGCCCCGCUCCGCCCGCGCCUUGCGGUCCGCGCUGCGCCUUGGGCGUCCAGAGAGCCGCCGCCCGCGCCGCCCGCAGCAGCCCAGACCCAGCCCUCCUCCUCCUUCCCCCCACCUGCUCCUCCGACGCCGCCGCUGCCGGACACGCAGCCGCAGGCUGGGGCCGGGGCGCAGCCGGGGAGCCAGGGACGCGCGUAGCCCGCCCUUCCCCCUCCGGCUCCCGCACCGCCGGCCGCCCCCCCUCGCCCUCCUCCUCCCCCCUCCCUGCUCCUUCGCUUCUCCUGCUCCUCCUUUCCCGGCCCCGGCUGCCAGCACCAUGUCCGCAGGGGGAGAUUUUGGGAACCCGCUGAGAAAAUUCAAGUUGGUGUUCCUGGGAGAGCAGAGCGUCGGGAAGACGUCUCUGAUCACGCGGUUCAUGUACGACAGCUUCGACAACACAUACCAGGCAACCAUUGGGAUUGACUUCUUGUCGAAAACCAUGUACUUGGAGGAUCGUACGGUGCGACUGCAGCUCUGGGACACAGCUGGCCAGGAGAGGUUCCGCAGCCUGAUCCCCAGCUACAUCAGGGACUCCACGGUAGCUGUGGUGGUGUACGACAUCACAAAUCUCAACUCCUUCCAGCAGACCUCUAAGUGGAUCGAUGAUGUCAGGACAGAGAGGGGCAGCGAUGUCAUCAUCAUGCUAGUGGGCAACAAGACGGACCUGGCCGACAAGAGGCAGAUAACCAUUGAGGAGGGGGAGCAGCGUGCAAAAGAACUGAGCGUCAUGUUCAUCGAGACCAGUGCAAAGACUGGUUACAACGUGAAGCAGCUCUUUCGACGUGUGGCUUCAGCUCUGCCUGGAAUGGAGAAUGUCCAGGAGAAAAGCAAAGAAGGGAUGAUUGAUAUCAAGCUGGACAAACCCCAGGAGCCCCCAGCCAGCGAAGGUGGCUGCUCCUGCUAAUGCAGCCUGACCUGCCGGCUUCCUUUGUCACUACUCGCUUGUUGUGUUGCUUCCUAUUGGUUAGCUUCCUAAGGGGGGGUGGGACACCAGCUUAUCCAGAUGGGAGGAUUUUUCUUUUCUCUCUGUCUCUAGCAGUAGGGUGGGGUGGGGAGGGAGGCUGGGCAUCAGGGAUCAUGUCACUCUUAACAGCUGUUACUUAAACAACUAUUUUUUGGUUUGGUUGUAAUAUAUUGUACUUUAUUAAUAUUGCCAAAAACUGUUAAAAUUUAAAAAAAAAUUUAAAUCAUGUGUAUACUUUUUGCCAGAUAAAAAUGUAGUCAUUUUUAUUUGAAAGAUGUUUUUGUUUUUGUAUAUUUGUAAACUUCUAGAGAACUUUUUCCACUCACCUCCUCCUUCCUGCCCUCCUUGAUCUGUUCAUCACCUCUGCUCUCCUCCCACCCCAGACUCAGUAAAUUAAAACAAUUCACUGGUCAACUUCAUUAGGUUCUGAACCUGGUCCCUCUGGCCGAGAGCCACCAGGCCCCACCCACCAGACCCGACCCGGCUAAAUCAAACCCUGAUUGAAAUACAACAGCCUCUGAGGAGGCAGCUCGACUCUGCCCUUUUUCUGUGGCCAGAGUUGGACAUUGCCGCGGCCCCGAGCUGAAAUCAAGGCCUUGUAGACUGCAGGGAGCCCAGCAGCAGGCCCCGCUGGAAUUUCUUCCCGUCCUCUUCCCUCCCUGAAGAGCUCUGGGGGCACUUGCCACAGGCACUGUUCUCUAGUGACCAGCAGAGCAGGAGGCCAUCAAGGGAAGGACAGGGUGACACUAGCAACUGGGGGCUGUGUGUGGUUUAUAGACUUGGGGCACCAUGCACGGUUCUGAAAAUGUUUUAAGCGACCCACCCAGAGAUCAGCACAAAUACCUGGGUUGAAUCUAAGGUCAGGAAGAAACUCAGUGUACCCGUGAAGCCCUCCUCCUGGGAUGUCAGGGAAGCUGGAGCCUGCAUCCCAUGGGGCUGUCUGCUGCGGAGGGCAGUGUUGUCUGCAGAACCGGCCCCUCAGAGAUGCAUGUGCUCUGAUCCCCCGUUGUUAAUACUGAGUGCUAUUCUGGAGAGGCUGAUUUCUUGAUGUGUUCUCACCCCACUGGCCCAGUGCAGUUGAAAUGUCUGUGCAGAUCUUUUUGUGGAUAUUGUAGCGGUGCUCUAGUUCCUGAAGAUAAGGCUGAGGUGGGGCCUCCAGAAAGCUGUCCAGAGAGCCAUGCUUGCCACUUUUGACUCAUUUCUGAGAAGGCUUAGUUCUUAAGACCUAUACAUCUCUGAAAAGAAUUCUCUCUUCUUACUAUAGUCCACUUGGCCAGCAUUCCAAACAGACCCAAACUCACCAAUCUUGAGCCUGCACAAAGCCAGGUGGUGGGCAGCAGCUCUGGCCAAAACCAGUAAGCCCCACCCUCCAAGCUGGCGUCAGCUCUUCCUCCAGGCCACUGACGGGCAUGCGCAGUUGAACUAAAUGGCCAUCUGGGGUGGUAGACCUAAGUUCUCCACAAAGCAGGGCUCUAACAAGUUACUGAAAUGAAUUUUGGAACUUCUCAGAAUGUUGUCCAAAAUGGCAGCCAGAAGUACAGCAGAAUCUGGCAGGACUAUGUGUGUCCAGUGGGCCUGUCACACACAUCCAGCUAAGGAGGCUGUAUGUCAGAGCCACUCUUUAGAGAAGAAUCUAUCCUUAGGUGAAGAAAAAGCAAGCAGGGUUUCCACUGAACUCUUCCAGAUGGCAGAGACCGAAGUAUGAGCCUAAUUCCAAUGUCACGUGUUUUGUUUUGAUAAUGUGUGUACAUAGUUAUAUAGAGAGACAGACUUGUGUGUAUAUCUUCCAUACAUACAUUCUCAGACACAUGUGCUCAAUGUAUAUUCUCAUUUUUUCUGCUCUCAAGUUGGAACUUGCAUUGUGUUAACAGUUCUGGAAAUUCAAAAGUACAUUCAGAUACAAUGUGUUUAAAUAAGAAAUACUUAAUAUUGUCAAAAAACUUGUGAUUGUCUUGCCAUCAAUAAAAUAAUGCAUAGAUGUGUUAAACUACAGGCAGAAAGAGCCCACAGGAAUAUGCGCACCAUAUCUCUAUGUACUUACAUGCACGGGUAUGCAUGCCCAAGUGGGGCUCAUUGGAAGAGUGCUUACUUACCUCAUGAGAAUCUCUAGGAGUCUGUGGUACAGCACCUGGUGUGGCUGGCAGUGAGGGCCAUUGCUCGUGGCCUCUGGGGCAGCCCCAUUUGCAGGGAUCUGCAUUGGGUCUCUGUGAGUGAAUGUAUGGUGGAUUUUUAUUUUCUUUGUACUAACGAGCUUUUCUCAAAACAUUCCUAUAAAAACAAGUAGAAACUCAAGUUUCCUUUCCAUGUGCACACAAAUCCAAGGCACCAUGAACUUUACUUUCCAUCACAGCCUAAGAGACAGUAGAUUUUGUUUGCCUUAGUGAGCCCUGCCUUUCCCAGCACGUAGACAAGCCUGGGCUACCCCCAGCCCCUUGGGCCUCUGACACAAGGACAGUUGCCUUUUCUUGUCUUCCCCUCUUGUGGUGCCGUGCCAUCUCAUGACCUCCUUUCCUGAGGCCCAAUUUCCCCUGUUUCCUGGGGUCUGUUUGGGCAGCCACACCUCUUGCCGUGCAUUGGUUCCUUGGAGCUCAUUCUGAGCAGGUGCCACCUCUGUACUGUGAAGUAGGAAGGAUCUUGACUCAGUUAAGGUUCAAUAGUAAAAUGAUCAGGUUCCCUUGAAGAGGUCAUGAAAUUACCCCAGUAUCCCCAGUGAGAGUGUUACACUUUUGCUGAACCCAGAUGGGCUAGUAGCACAAGGCAAUGUAGAGAAUCCUGUUUCGGAAAUGAUGGUAAAUUAGCCAGUAGUUCAGCCCCACUCACCAAGGAUCAGCCCUGAUUUGGGAGAUGAGCAGGAGCAUCAUUUUUAGGCCCUCUUUUUUCCCUUAGGAAUCUCAAAGAAAAGCUGUCAGUAAAGCUCCUGUUUCCAGGCAUCAGAAAAAUGGGAGGAUAAAGGUGGAAAAGGCAGGUAGCGCACUUUUAAAUGCACACACAUGCCAGCAUAGAAGUGUGGCAACAGCAUCUCAAGUGCUGGAGCUGUGGCUGUGUGGUCCACGGUCAGCACACCAGGUGACUAGAAGCAAGUUACUUGUGCUCAGAGGCCUCCCUGCCAUCACUCACCACUCUCCCCAUUAGCAUCCUCAAAUAUUCUGUGAUGUUCCCAGGUCCGGGAGCAGGAGCCAGUCAGUUCAAGGUCUCAGGCAGCAGAGGAUUAGAGUGGUAGAAACUAAGUGUACAGACACAUCCUCAGUGUCAUGUUGCCAUCCUCCUGGUGGCCAGCCAGUGCUGGGAGGCCCUGUGAAGUACCAGGUGUGACAAUAAUGGCACCGCUGGCUCUGGUGUCCCGCAGGCAGAGCAGCUAUAUUCCUUCACACAGCAAAGGGCAGGUGAGGCUGUCAGGAUGUGAGAACAGGUAUCCAAGGACUGAGUCCUGUCCGAGCCAUGUGAUGGGCAGCUGAACAGCAGCAUGUCUGCAUGCAUCAACCAAGCACAGCCGUGUGUGCGCUGGGUUCCGAACUACCUCUCCCCCAGGAAUGUGAGGCACUGUCACCUGACUUAGCAGUGUGAGGCAGAGGUCUCAGCCCUGCCUGUUUCACAGGCAGAAAACCCAAGACAGAGAAGGGAGACUUGCUUAUGAUCACCCAGCAAGUCAGCAGCAGUCAGAACCUAGGGGUUUCCCUUCUCCGCCCAUCGCUGACCUGUGUGUCCCAUCGUGACCACGCCCUUGCACAGGAAGGGCUGCUGUGCGCGGUGCUCCUCAGACAUCUCUGCUCUGGUUAGGAUAUAAGGCUCUGCCUGGAGUAUCUGAGUGAGCCGGGGAGGAGUCCACGUACACUUCAGGUUCCUUCAUUUUAAGAAGGGCCAGUCCCAAAGUCCACUCUGAUUAUCUUGGGCACCCACAAACCAGGGUGCCCUUUGAAUUUGUUUGAAAUAAACUGUUGAAGUGUUCCAAAACCUUGGGCUCUCAAUGUGUGAACUCCCUGGAUGCCAGACCUGUGCAGCUGGCACUCCUGGCAGGGCAGGUUUAUCCCUGCAGUGGGGCUUGGAUGCUUCCCUCCACGGGGAGCCGCCAUACAUCCAAGGCCAGCCUGUACCACGUGGUGUCAACUCCUCUCCCUGCUCCCUCACCCACCCCCAUAAAACUGACCCGCCAUGAGGAGCAUGGAGAGCGGCGCUUCCACCUUUCACUGGCUCAGCAGGCACAAAUGACCACACUGACUUUACAUAAAACUGUGUAAAACGUGGAAGACUCAGCAUGUUGAUCAAACAAUAAACUGUCCUAAUUCUCAA